UGCCGACGCUGUGUGCUGACGCUGCGCCCUAGUGCUAUCUCGUGCUAUCCCGCUAUCUGUCGGUUUACCCCGCCUGUGGUUAAAGUGCGAAUGUCGCGCGUUCCUCGGACGAUUGUCGUUACUGUCGUUAGGUGAUCGAUGACCGUAAGACGCGUCUAGUCCGCUCGCACGUCGCCGCGCACUCUUAUCUAGCUCCGACGAAGGCAGCCUUCUAUACCAGUGCGUAUAAAGGUUGCUUCUGAAGGUGAACGAGGUGAACGAUCCGAUCCGAUCCGCCGCGUCGCGCCGCGCCGAUCCUGCCUGAUCCAGCAUUCUCCUUCUCGGGAUCCCAUAACCUAACCUGCCUGCCCGUCGCCCGUCGACCCAUAACUUGUCCACGCUCUCGCUUUUCUUAGCUCCUCUCAACUUCCUUCUAGUCUCUCUCUAUCUCGCGAGAUCACUAUGACGAAGCUGCUCCUCGUCUUGUUCACCCUGGCCUGCAUCAGUGGCACCCUCGGAGAUGGGCUCAAGUGUAUACUUAAACCUGCUGAUAUACCAAAUUCAUGGAUAGACAUGGCUGAUCCGUGCAUAAAACUCAUGGAGUCUCAAGUUAAAACCGAGAUGGAAGCUGCCAUGAAAUAUCUCGCAAUGGGUGCCCAUUUUGCACGCGAUGUUAUAAAUCGCCCAGGCUUUAGCAAGUUCUUUUUCGAAAGUGCGAGCGAAGAGAGAGAGCAUGCGAUAAAGAUCAUCGAAUAUUUGCUAAUGCGUGGAGAACUUACAAAUGACGUUAGCAAACUUCUCAACUACCCCUUGACUACCAACAAUACAAAUCCGAUGCGCCAAGAAUGGAACAGUGGAGAAGAAGCUCUUGCCGAGGCCUUGAAAUUAGAGGCUCAAGUUACGCGCAGCAUUCGUGAUAUAAUUAUAACUUGCGAAAAUCCAAAAUCAUCUUCGUUCAAUGAUUACCACUUGGUGGACUACCUCACAAGCGAUUUCUUGGACGAGCAAUACAAAGGGCAACGCGAUCUUGCCGGGAAAAUCUCAACUCUAGGGAAAAUGAUGCAAAUGCAUGGACCUUUGGGAGAAUUUCUGUUCGACAAGAAAUUGUUAAAUGGCGAAGUCUAAGUUUUAAUGACAUCAAGAUGCCGAAAUUUAGCUCGAGAUAUUCUUUUCUAUAAAUACAUGUUUAUAAAAUUAUAAUGGCCACAUUUAGAAUACAUUGUGUAAUUCAGAUUACUACAUUGUGCAUCCUUGUUUAUAUUUUAUUGUAGAAUAUAAGAUGUAAUAACAGUUUUUGUUCCGAGCAUAUUUCUAAAUGUGGCCUAAUGUGUAAUAUUAUAGGAGUAUGUGGAACAUAAUGUUUACAAUGUUUGUUAAUCCAUAAUAAGUAUAUUAUCCUUGAUAAAUAAAUAAAUAAACACUAUUUUGAGAUGCUG